CUCUCUCUCUCACUCCCUCUCUCUCGAUCAGCCCCCCCCUCCUUCCAACACCUUUAGCAGAAGAAGCGAAAAGCCCCUUCACUGCCCAGCCCAGGGAUACCAGCUGAAAGAAUGAAGCUUUGACACUGCGUGGGACUGUAUGGACGCAAGAGCACAACUAACCACAGAAAAAGAAAUGCUGACCUUGUGAACGUGACCUCAGACGCCAGAGGAGACAGUGUCAGUGAGCCGGCGAGUGGGCACAAAGGAGACGAGAAUUACUGGCAAGGCAGGCUUCCGGAAUCAGGUUUGAUCAAGCAGAGGGACCAAGACCGCUCCAGCCCGGCGUCAUUCAACUGGGUCAGCAAUACCUGUGAGAGCAGUGAGUCAUCCCACAUCAGCGCGGUCAGCUGUACAUGGAGACCCCCAGCUGGGCAGAAACCAAGCCAGGAAACGGGUUGUGCAAAUCUGGAACCAUUGCUCUCUUUGGAAACGUAGUGUACAGUGGGCUGCUGAACGAUCACUUCUGGCAUUUUGGGGUGCCCCUCGUCACGAGACUGGGUAACCAAGAGGCCACAGCCCCCCCAGAAGCGAUGGCCCAGCCGUACCCCCCUGCCCAGUACCCCCCUCCUCCGCAGAAUGGGAUCCCAGCGGAGUACGCGGCGCCACACCCCCACCCCACACAGGACUACACGGGCCAGAGUACAGUGCCCGAGCACGCAAUGACCAUCUACACGCCUACACAGACACACAGCGAGCCGCCGGGCACCGACAGCAGCACGCCCUCCCUCACUGGCACGACAACAGUACCGCAGGCAGACGAGGUGGCGCAGACAGAGGGCUCUCAGCAGCUACAGCUACAGCCCUCAGACUCCUCAGAGAAGCAGCAACCCAAACGGUUACACGUCUCCAACAUCCCUUUCCGCUUCCGGGACCCAGACUUACGGCAAAUGUUCGGGCAAUUCGGGAAGAUUUUAGAUGUGGAAAUUAUUUUUAACGAGCGGGGCUCCAAGGGCUUCGGAUUUGUAACUUUUGAAACGAGCGCGGAUGCUGACCGUGCGCGGGAGAAACUAAACGGUACAAUCGUAGAGGGACGCAAAAUAGAGGUAAACAAUGCAACAGCGAGAGUAAUGACCAACAAAAAGGUGGCAAACCCUUACACAAACGGGUGGAAGCUGAAUCCAGUGGUGGGAGCUGUCUAUGGUCCUGAAUUUUAUGCAGUAACCGGCUUCCCCUACCCGACCACAGGGGCAGCUGUGGCCUACAGGGGGGCCCACUUGAGAGGCCGGGGUCGUGCCGUGUACAACACAUUCCGCGCUGCCCCUCCACCCCCACCUAUCCCAGCCUAUGGAGCGGUGGUUUACCAGGAUGGCUUUUAUGGUGCAGAAAUUUAUGGGGGUUACGCCGCAUACAGAUACGCCCAGCCUGCCGCCGCCGCUGCCGCCGCCUACAGUGACAGUUACGGCCGAGUCUAUGCAACGGCAGACCCCUAUCACCACACAAUCGGCCCUGCUGCCACGUACAGCGUUGGUACUAUGUAAAUAAAAACAAAGAAUACAGUAUCAAGUAACGACGGACAUCAAUGGAAAGGACGGAAACAACAAGGAUGAAAGGGAAAACACAUAGAAAACACCAAUGAAAACCAACAAAAACAAAAACAACAUUAAAAAAAGAGACAAAACGGAAUCCUUCUAUCAAGGCUGACAGGGGGCAGACGGAGAGCACGGACCGCUGUGCCACGGCGACAGCGUCAAACCAAGCCAAGUGUGGGAGGGAUGGAGUGGGUUAGCUCUCACCUGGAACAGCCUUGCUGGGCGGAAGACGAGAAGAGAUGAUUAUGUGGUCAGUCAUCAUAAAACUUUUUAUUUUUCUAAACUUUUUUAAGUUUAUGAUUUCCGCAAAAAAAAGUAGAGAAAAAUGUAUAUAUAUUAUGUAUAAAUAUGUUUUAAAAACAAAGGGAAUUUAACAAGAUCAAGCUGAAGUGGGGAAGCUUGCAGUGGUGUUAAAGGGGAGCAGAGGGCACAUCCUGCCCCUCUUUACACUGCAAACCACCCUGUCCUCUGAGUGCCUGAGGGGAGGUGCGGGGGGGAGGGGGGGGGUCAGCAGCCAGACACAUUUUCACACCUCAUGCAAUGUAACAUCAUGCAAUAUUUUGGAUAGGCUUCUCCUGUGAGCAGUAUUGCAGGGUAAACCUCUUUCUGCGGGUGAUAGUCAUGGUCACUUUCUUCCUCCCCCCGGCUUAUAUCACUGGUCAGCUUUAUCCUGUGGCAGUAUCACAGGUCUACUUCCUGUGAGGCAGUAUCGCAGGGAAUCUUCUUCCAUUAGGCUGUAUCACAGGUCAGCUUCCUGUGAGGGGGUAUGACAGGGAAAACUUCUUCCAUUACGUAGUGUCACAGGUCAACAUUCUGUUGGUCAUGUAACAACGUAGCUUCCUGUGGGAUAUAUUACAGGCAAGUCUCAUCAAGUGGAGGCAGUAACAGAGGUCAGCAUGCUGUUGGCCACAUUAGAGGCCUGCCCGUGGGCUGUAUUGCAGGCCACUUUCCCAUGAACUGCAUAACUGCUCUUUGUUGGUCAUGAUAUUGGUCAACUUCCUGUGGGCAGUACUCCGGCUCUUUCGGCUGGUCCCCAGCUGUCAGAGCGUUUCCCUGCACAGCAGAGCAGAGCAGCGCAACUCACGUCAGUCUCACAGCAGGCUUGCCCACCUGAGCCAAACCCGCUUUCCCUGUGCAGUGAAGAGAGAGGCACACUUCCUUGUGAAGGGCCGCACUGACAGACAAGUGGCCAGACAGUCGAAACCACUGAGACUUAGGAAAACUGGUGGUGUGGCAGCUCUAUGCCGGAGCAUCAUCCCACACUACCUUGAUCUAACAUCUGAGAGUCGGGAUGUUUGUUCGGUGCUCUUGCGAGACCGGGAAAAAAAAAAAAAAA